UGUGUACGUGUGUGCGAUUGUGCGUGGUGUAUUUUUUUAGGCGGGCGGCGAGUCUUCCCGUUCCAACAAUAUGUGCCAAUGGCAAAGUCUACCUCGGGAAGUUUCGAUCUGAAGGAACCUCCGCCUUGGCAAAGCUGUCAAUACUGCCUAUCGCCCGUAUCGACCCGGGGCGGCGAUCAAACGUUGCCGCAACAGCAACAGUGGCCAUCAUGCGACCAACAGUCACCCCACCAGCAGCAGCAGCAGCAGCAACUGUUUUUAUUCAAAAAUACCGCAGAGUUUGUUAGGCACCUUCGCCAGCAGCACUGCACCGUUGAAGGUGGCUCGUACGUGUGUCGCUAUGGUUACAACGGUGUGUGCGCCUCGUUGCCGCUGGACGGUGUUAGCGAUCGCGAUUACGACAUGCACGUCACCCGGUGCCACGUGAACGCCCAGCAGAGGGAACCGCACGUCAAGUGGUCGGUGUUUUCCGCCGCCCAAAAUCUUCCUGCCGUGCUGAACGAUCCGAGCCGGGGUAAGCAGACGAGCUUUUUCACGAAAAAAUGGGGCGAUACGUUUGUGGAGGGUACGUUGGUUGCACCCUCACCCCGACUGGCCGACAUCCGGUGGGAAGCGUUCGAUGGCUAUCUGAAGCGGAUCGGGAAGCGGUACCGAGUGCACACACGUAUAGCGAAUGUACCGACAGCGAACGCUACUAGUCAGCAGGCGCUGGUAAGCGAUCGUCUUCCGAAUGGUGCCACGGCCAGCCUGAAGGACAUUCCGGAGGUGUUUCUGAAGCAACAGCUGGAAUUACAUCGUCCGGCAACGUUUGGGGCGGCAUUUGCCGGGCUCGGGACGGAAGGUGGUGAACAGACGCGACAAUCUAGCCGGCAGCUACAGGAACGACUUAGCCACUAUCUGGACAUUGUGGAGGUGCUGAUAGCGAAACAGGUGGCCGAUAAAUCGUCCGCCUUUUUCCACGCGAUGACCUCGCAGGAUGCAAUUAUGGAGCAGAUGACGGAAGCGCUAGCGAAUGUGAAACGGUUGCGGGCCAAGGUAAAGCAGAUCGACGACAUGAUCGUGAAGGAAUCGUUGCAGGUGAUCCGGGCGGAAAGGAUACGGGCCAACAACAAUCUGGUGCUGGAGAAGCUGAAGCUGAUGUCUACGGUUCAUCAAACGCAACCGAUGAUACAGCUGCUGCUAAGUACGCAGGAUUAUGUGGCCGCACUGGAUUUAAUAAGUACAACGCAGGAAAUACUUGGCCAGGAGCUGACCGGGGUGCACUGCUUCCGUCAUCUGCCUUCGCAGCUGUGCGAGAUGGAGCUGCUGAUCGAUAAGAUGCUCAAGACGGACUUUGAACGGUACUCGACGGCGGAUUUGAAUCGGCCGUUUGCGAACGGUGAACCGCAUGGGGAGGAGCGUGUGCUGGAGGAGGAUAAGCUGAUUUGCAUCAUUUCCGGUUUGUUGAGGAAGCGCAGUCUGGACUUUAUCGACACGUACCGGGAUGAAGCAAUUACGACGGUGAGGGCGAUUGUGAAGCAGCUCGUGAUCGAGGUGAUCGCUUCCGGUGAUGCGGAAGUCUGUCUAACCGGGGCCGGUGAGGAAGCGCAAAGUUUAUCACUUUCCGAAUGGAUCCUUCUGUUGGAAAGUGCAACAGGAACGCUGCUAAAGCUGCUACGCCGUAUUCGGGCGGUGCACGAUGUUAUGCAGCAAACGGCGGACGCUAGUGCUGGACGUCUUACGGACGAUGUGAGCUUUAUCGAUACGGAAGCAUUCCUUUCCGCGCCGGAUUAUACCGUUGUGCAGGAUAAGUUGGCGAACCUGCUCCAGAGUGUCUGUAACUACUGUCAUGAACGGUGUGCGAACCUCGUAUCAAACCAAAGCCUCGAAAAAAGCUCUGUCAGUGCGGAACAGAUCGCACAGCUGGCACAGAUUGUGGAACGCUUUACGGACGGAUGUCAGGAGGCGUGUGGUGUGCAGAGUGUCCCACUAAAGCUAGCACUCUCUGCACAGGGGAAUCGAUUUGCGCAAAAGUUCCACACCGAACGGAAGUCAAAGUUGGCCCUUCUGCUCGACAGCGAACGCUGGAAGCAAGCUGAAGUUCCUGCCGAGUUCCAGACAAUGAUCGAUUGCAUUGCUCGGGGGGACUUUCACUGGAGUAAACCGGCACAAACGAACGGUGGCACUGCUUCACCACCACCCCAAUCCGUGCUCAAGGUAGAAGGUGAACCGUUUGCCCUCGUUGGAGCCGCCUUACUGUUGGUACAGAUCGUUUCCGAAUAUUGUCGCUGUGCCACACAACUUCCAGUGAUUGCUCCUCAGCUUGGGCGUAACGUAGUCGAUCUGCUUCGUAUGUUUAAUUCGCGCUGCUGUCAGCUAGUCCUCGGCGCCGGAGCACUGCACGUGGCUGGCCUUAAAACCAUCACCAGCAGCAAUCUGGCGCUCGUGUCCCGAGCGCUCGAACUAGUCCUUUGGCUAUUGCCACACGUAAAACGUCACUUCCGGUCGCUUGAUGGCUCGGCAUCAAUCAUUAAUAGCAACACCAACCACACCAAUACUACCUCCGGAACGACCGGAUCACUAACAAAUGGCGGAUCGCAUCCGAUCGCCACCACCACUUCCGGGUACGAUUCGGUGGAGAAAGAUUUCGUUAGCCACAUCAAGGAGAUCGAAAACAAAGUCCUUUCGAUCGUGUGCGAUGUUGUGACUGGACAGCUUAACAACUGGGACGCUCGUCCACCCGUUCCUUCGCAACCGUUCCGCAACAUUAGCCGUCAGUUUGUAAAGCUGCACGAAGCGAUUGCACCAAUACUGCCGGAAAAGCAGGUACACGCCAUUUAUCGGACGGUGCAGCGCAACUUUAAGGAUAAGUUACGGGAACAGCUGCUGCGGAACAACAUCACAAACAAUGGUGGCCCACAGCACGGAGUCGUUGUGUCGGAGCUAACGUUCUACAUGGAAACGUUGCGGACGCUAAAAGCGAUGCCGGUCGACGAACUGCACGACGAUACGAUGGAUGAUAUUUGGCUGAAGUAG